AUUUGGCGUAUCAACAACAAUAUUAUUAGCUUUACUCUAAAUUCCACCGUUUUGUCAAAAGUUACAACUUUGCUAUUCUCUUCAUAAAAAUCAAGAUUUCUCCUUUUGAAUGAUGAUAACUAUCAGUUUAGUAGUAUUGAGCUGAGAAUAAGAAGAAAACGUAAAAAUUGAUGGGGAAUUGUUUUGGAUCGGAGAUUCUUGACACUAAUCCUAGUACUAAAAGCAACACAUCAACUAGACCUUCCACCCCAGAUACAUCAAAGAACUACAGUAGUGGUGUUGGAUUUUCGACUGGCAGUAGUACUGGGCGUAGCCGUUUUUCAGUGGCUGCAAGUGAGGAUUCAUGUUUGAAUGGAGAAAUAUUGCCUACUCCAAAUUUGAAGACAUACAGUUUCUCUGAUCUGAAGGCUGCCACAAGAAAUUUCAAGUCUGACACGGUUUUGGGGGUGGGAGGUUUUGGGACCGUAUUUAAAGGAUGGGUUGAUGAGAAGACGCUUACUCCAACUAAAGUUGGAACUGGUAUGGUUGUUGCUAUCAAGAAGUUGAACUCAGAGAGCAUGCAGGGAUUUGAAGAGUGGCAGGCAGAAGUGAACUUCUUAGGAAGGCUUUCACACCCAAACCUUGUUAAAUUGCUGGGAUAUUGUUGGGAAGACAAGGAACUGUUACUUGUAUAUGAAUUCAUGCCAAAGGGAAGCUUGGAGAACCAUCUUUUCAGAAGGAGCACAGCUAUUGAACCACUUUCUUGGGAGUUGCGGCUCAAAAUUGCCAUAGGAGCGGCACGGGGUUUAGCUUUUCUACAUUCUUCAGAAAAGCAGAUCAUUUACAGAGAUUUCAAGGCCUCCAAUAUUCUACUAGAUGGGAGUUACCAUGCAAAACUAUCAGAUUUUGGCUUAGCUAAAGUUGGGCCUUCAGCUGGGAACUCACAUGUGACUACUCGUGUCAUGGGCACAUAUGGUUAUGCUGCUCCUGAAUACAUUGCAACAGGUCAUCUGUAUGUAAAAAGUGAUGUAUAUGGAUUUGGUGUCGUCUUGCUUGAGCUUUUAACAGGCUUACGAGCACUUGACACAAAACGACCUGGCGGACAGCAUAAUUUGGUGGACUGGAUGAAACCGAUGCUUUCUAACAAAAGGAAGCUGAAGUCCAUUAUGGACGCCCGAAUGGAGGGCCAAUAUAGUUCAAAGGCAGCAACACUUACUGCUCAGCUUACUAUAAAAUGCCUAGAAGGAGAACCUAAGAAGAGACCUUCUAUGAAAGAAGUAGUGGAAGUGUUGGAACAAGUUGAAUCCAUAAAGGAGAAAUCCAAACCUUCCAAAAGCAAAACCGAGUCUUCAUCUCAUCGAUACAAGCAGUCGCCGAGAAGUUAUCCUUCUCCACGUGGUGCAAGCAACCAUGGAUCCGGAGCUGGAUCUGGAAGAUGACAGGUACAACUGGAAAGGCAAACACGAGCUGCAGAAAAAUGAGUUUGUUUAUACAUUUAAUUGUAUUGAAUUUGUUGUAAUCCAAUUUGGUUAAUCAUUGUUUUGGAUAACAAAUUUUGUUAAAUUGUCUGUCACAUCUGUACUCCAUGGGAAUGAAUGUAUUUCUAUCGUUUAUAAGAA